AUGCCUGCCCAAAUAUCGCAUCGUAAUGACCUCUCCUCCGUCCUGAACCAGAUCGUCCUAUCCUCCUCAGACACUGACUACCUCGACCAACUCAUUCCUUCUAUCCGCGAAUAUAGCCAUGGAAACCGAACCACACAGCUCCUACACUCCCUUACCAAAUUCGCAGACGACCGGGAAGCGAAGAUUGAAAGCAUAUGCAACUCGACACACCAAGACUUUGUCUCUUCGGUCAACCAACUCCUUCAAGUCCGUGAGGGUACCGUCAACCUCACCCAAGAGAUUCUCGGCCUCAACCAAUCCAUCCUCGCCAGCACAAAGCGCCUAGCCGAACAAAAGAAGGCCCUGGUUGAAUCACGCAGUCAUCGCCAGAAUAUUGAUGAGACCUCUAAGGCCUUACAGGAUUGUUUGGAGGUUCUCCGUCUUGCAAACCAAGUUCACGAACUGCUUGCUAAGAAGAACCAUUAUGCCGCGCUCAGAGCUCUGGAUGAGUUGCAGAAUGUUCAUCUCAAGGGCGUCACGCAGUAUAAGAUUGCAGAAGUUAUACAGCGAUCCGUGCCAAUGACGCAGAAGGCGAUUGCGGAUGCGGUCAUGGACGAUUUGAAUACGUGGUUAUACCGCAUUCGUGAAAUGUCGCAGUAUCUAGGUGAACUAUCACUAUUCCACACGGAUAAGCGAAAGGAGAGGCUAGCAGAGCGUAGUGAGAAGAUACCCUACCUGUCGCGGUUUAAACUUAAUUCAGCUAUAGAACUGGUGUCUGAUGAGAUGGAGGAGUUUGAUUUACUUUAUAAUGACGACCUGCAAGUGGACUUCUCGCCCUUGCUCGAGUGUAUGCAUAUACAUCAGUCCCUUGGCCAGAUGGACAAGUUCCAGGUUGAGUAUGCGACGACAAGAAGACAGCAAAAGGAUCUCCUACUACCUACUUCCAUCACUUUACUGUCAGAAGACGGCUCGAGUCUGCAUACUCUACUAGAAGAGAUUGCUGGCUUUGCCUUGGUUGAGCGAGCUACAAUGAAGAGAGUCCCCGAGUUGAGGUCUCCUGUAGAUGUUGAAGAAUUAUGGGAUUCAAUGUCUCAGACUGCCGUCGGAUUGAUUUCAAAGGCGCUGCCGACAGUUGAUAACUCGGAAGAUAUCCUUAAGAUAAAGAAUCUCAUUACUCUUUUUAUGCAAACCAUGAGCUUGCUUACUUUGUAUCAGAUCGUUCAAACAGAUGACUACAUGCCCAUGCCCAUCCGGAGUGACGAGGAGUAUGACAAGGUCCUGAAUGUCAGCUGGUAUACUCCUGAGAAACCUCGAGAAGAACAAACAUAUCCUUGUGUUCUCCCGUUCUCACAGAUGUAUCCUUUGUGCUGCAUCGAUAUCAGAAACCUUUUAAACCAGUUCUACUAUUUCUCAGGGGACAACUUUAAUCAUCCAGCCGUUAUAGAUGAAACCGUUCGAAGUUCUCUGGACGAGCUCCUCUGCAACAAAGUAUGUGAAAUGCUCACGGAGCGCCUCGGUUCGCAAUACCUUGGCCAAAUAGUCCAAAUUCUCAUCAACCUGGAGCACUUCGAAAUUGCAUGCCAGGAACUCGAGGUUCUUCUGGCAGCUGCCCGAUCAUCCAACUCCGGCGAGGGUCCUAUCGCCCUUAAUGCUACGGAGAAGUUCCGCAUGAACAAGAAGGCAGCUGAGAAACGGAUUUUCGAGGUCGUCAACUCGAAGAUCGACGACCUUAUCGAAACAGCUGAAUAUGACUGGAAUGCGCCUAAGCUACAGAUGGAACCAAGCAAUUACAUGCAGACGCUGACCAGAUUCUUGUCGAACAUCAUGAACUCUACGCUUCUUGGCCUGCCAACGGAGAUCAAGGAGCUUAUCUAUUUCGAUGCCCUCAGCCAUGUUGCUAAUAGGGUUAUAGCCCUCCCACUCGAUCCUGAGGUUAAAAUCAUCAAUCCUAAUGGGGUUGCCGCAUUAGCCCGAGAUGCAGACUACCUGUCGAAAUUCGUGGAUAGUUUGGAAGUCCCCAUCCUACGAGAAAACCUUGAUGAAUUGCAACAAACUGUCCAAUUGAUGAUGGCCGAGAACACCGAUGAGUAUUACGACAUUGCGGUGAGAAACAAGAAGUACGGACGCGUUGAUCCUAUGAACGGACCAGUCUUGCUUGAAAAGUAA